UUGGUUUUAUUAUCUUUUGGAAGUGUUUUUUUUGGAUUGUUUCAGAUAAAACAUUUCGAAAAAGUUCUUUUUUCAUUGGAACAGUGUGAUAUAUCUAUGGGAAUUUUGGCUUCUCAGUAUAUACUACUUUUAUGGAUGAUAAUUUUAUGCAAUAAUCCGUUCGAUUUAAACAAGUUUGGAAUGAAGAAAGGAAGAACGGUGGUGGAAAGAAUAAUUGCUACCACACUGCCAUUUUUAUAUUCAAGCUCUGAGAAGUUUCAGCGUGUUGCUGCUUUGCUACUUUCUUUAGUCGCAACUCGUGAAGAUGCAUGUAGAGAACAUUUAAAGAAAUUAGUUGACCGGUGUGUUUCGACUAUUGAAAUGUGCGGAGAUAAGUGGUCUGGUGAUAAUAAACUUGUUGGGAGUUUAUGUUUGCUUGCAUCAAUUUUAAAAAAGGGAAAGCGCGAAGAUUUAUCAGUCAUAGCUCGUUCUGUGUCGAAAAUUAUGCAUCAUUUUAGUGAUCUGGGGAAUACAGAUUUUACUGUGAAGAAGUUCGCUGUUAAAGUUGCUCAAAGAUUAGGAAUGGUAUUUUUGAAACCAAAAAUUGCAAAGUGGCGAUAUGAUCGUGGUAAUCGUUGCUUAGAUUUCAUGAAUGCUUGUUCCAACAAACGGCAGGAAUCAAUUUUUUUAGAAUCAGAAGAUUUUUCUGACGAAGUUUAUGAAGUCCCACAUGGAGAAUUGGAAGCAGUUUUGGACACAAUUUUAAGAGCCUUACGCGAUCGAUAUACUGAUAUACGUUGGACCGGUGCGAAAGGCGUUGGACGUAUUGUAUCCCGAUUGCGAAAAAGUCAUGCAAACGAUGUACUUUCAAAUAUCUUCAAAUUUAAUUUUGAUUCGCUCGCAGGUAAUGCUGCAUGGCAUGGUGGAUGCUUAGCUGUAGCUGAACUUGCAAGACGUGGUUUUCUACCGCUAGAAAAACUUCCUGAUGUUUUGGGAAUUGUCAAAAAUGCAUUAGUGUUUGAAGAACCACAAGGACAUCAUGCUUUAGGUGCUAAUGUGCGAGAUGCUGCAUGUUUUAUAUGUUGGUCAUUAGCUCGUGCUUUUCGGCCUUUAGAUUUGAAGAUUUACAUAGAGCAAAUCGCUUCAAGUCUAGUAUGUGCUGCUUUAUUUGACCGAGAAAUUAAUGUAAGGAGAGCAGCUAGCGCAGCGUUUCAGGAACAUGUUGGUAGACAAGGAGGAUUUCCCAACGGAGUUGAUGUGCUCACAAAUAUUGAUUAUUUUGCUGUUGGGCAGCGUUCUAAAGCUUAUUUGGAAAUUUCAUGUCGGAUAGCAAAAUAUCCAUUGUACACACAAGCGAUUAUUGAACACCUCACGUUUCAUAAGAUAACACAUUGGGAUGAAGAAAUUCGCAUUUUAGCUGCUGAAGCUCUUCAUCGGCUUUGUGCUUCAAAUCCAUCGUUUGUUUCUACUCAUAUCGUUAAAAAUUUGAUGCCGUUGAUCAGUAACGACUCUCUUAUUAUUCAACAAGGAGGAAUUGUUGCACUAGCAUCUGUUUUAUCGGGGUUAAAAGAAUGUAAAUGCAUUUUGGGAAAAGAUAUAUAUGAGACUGCUGCAAAAAUACCUAAUUUAAUUUAUCCCAUCUGUGAAAAAAGAGUUCGCUCAUUAGGAUCUAGACUAAUGCGACGCGCGAUGAAUGUUUUUAUCAAAUUAUUGUCAUCUGUGAUACCCAGAGAACUUGUCGUGAUUGAUGAUUGGCUUCGUUGCCUAGAACUUAAUUUUUGUGAUGAGCAUGAAGAUAUUAGAAAAGGUGCUUGUCAGGCGGGAUCAGCUUUUUUUAAAGUUUGUACUGACAACUCUUCUGCCAAUCUGCUGAUGCUUCGCAUCCGUCAAGUUUACUUACCUCAGAUCACUGUUACCAAUGUAGAAUCAACUAGGGAAGGGAUAGCAGCUCUCUUAAGUGUUCUUCCAAAUCAAAUAUUGUUGCUUACAACACAGUUUUGUCCUUUGGCAGUUGAAAUCAUUCGUACACUCAUCAUCAUAGUCAAUCAACGCUCUUCAUUAGACGUUACUUGGGCUUAUGGACGUCGUUCUUGUGUAGAAGCAAUAACUCAUAUUGUUGAAUCAGUUGGAUUUGAAUUGCUUGGCAACCCUAGUGAGGUUCUUGAUUGUCUCGUAAAUUCUUUGAACGAUUAUUCAAUGGACAAAAGAGGUGAUGUUGGCAGAGUUUUGCGUGAAGAAGCAAUGAAAGCUCUCGCAGUUGUUCUGCCAAUGAUGCAGAAAUAUUCUGUUGAUCAUGAUCGCAUUUCGGAAGCAAUAUGUAAAAUUAUCCAACAAUCUACUGAAAAAAUUGAUGCAACUCGUGAGUGCGCUGCUUUGGUGAUGAAAAAGCUUCUUCAGUCAAGCUUAAGAGAUAUUAAAGAAGAACAAAUUUUGAAAGAAACAUAUGUAGAUGGUAAUUCGGUGGUAGAGUGGAGAUUACCAUCUUGUUUCCAGCGAUUGGCUUUAUUAUUAAAAACUAACUGCUAUAGAUAUCAUGCCUUAAGAGGGUUUGUUAUAUCUGCUGGUGGCCUCACUGAAUCAACCGUCAGAGGUGCAUCGGAUGCAUUGCUUUCAGUGAUUUUUGAUAUUCGUCAUUCACAGCAGGAUAUAGAAAUAUUUUUGCAAUGUUUUGCAUCAAUUUUUAUUAAUAAUGCGGGUGUGGUACGCGUUAUCCAACCUCUGUUGCAUACACUGGAGCAAAUUUUGUCUGCGCAGCUUUUAGAAUGUUAUGAAGCAGAUCCAGAUUUAUCACCAUCUCUUCAAACAAUAGUAGAUCAUAUUGCAGUCGAAGCUCUAGGGAAAGGAGGAAUUCAGAAAGUCAGAUCAUGUAUUGCCGUUUCAUGUCAUUUCUUACAUUUCAACUCAGCAAGUCUCUUGUGGCGAAAAUCAGCAUUAUUAGUUGUACGCACUUUGAAAUCACGUUAUCCUACUCUUCGUCGAUACGCAGCGGAGCAGCUCUAUGAAUGUUUAGUGUCGGAAUGUGAUAUCAGUGAUGAAGCAGAAAAGGAUAAGCGCGAAAAACUACUUAAAUUACUUUCCGAAACAAAGUGGCAAAUAUGUGAUGAUCAGUACUUUGUAGAAGUUAGUAAUUUGGUCAGUGAUAUGCUUAGUAUAGCAGCUACCUGA